CCGGGAAGUGGGGGGCGGGGGUAUAGAGGGAAUUCUCCAGCGCUGGACUCGCUGGACCAUGGAGCACGAUUGCGCAGGCGCCUCCCAGCGCGGGGGAUCCUGGGCAGGUUUCCCCGCAGGACCCCGGGAGUCUUGAGAAGAUGACUUUAGAGGAGAGCGAGGGAUGCGUGUGGCUAGUCGUGCUUAGCUCUGUGUUUGUGUGUAAUCUCCUUAAGCUUCUCCUCCCCUCCUUCUCUUCUGUCAUAUCCAAGCUGCUACAAAAGGAUGUAGACCAAGAGUCCCAGAUGAGAGCAGAAAUACAAACCAUGAAACAAGACCUCUCAGCUAUUAGCAUGAUGGAUGAAUUUGCCAGAUACGCCAGACUAGAACGAAAGAUUAACAAAAUGACUGAUAAGCUGAAAACUCAUGUGAAGGCACGAACAGCUCAAUUAGCCAAAAUUAAAUGGGUCAUAAACAUUGUUUUCUACAUAUUACAGGCUUUAUUGAUGAUCACACUUAUUUGGAAGUAUUAUUCUGAUCCUGUGACUGUGCUACCAAGUAAAUGGAUAGCUCCAUUAGAACGCUUAGUGGCAUUUCCUACUGGAGUAGCAGGUGGUGUUGGAAUUACUUGUUGGCUUGUCGUCUGCAAUAAAGUUGUGGCUAUCAUGCUUCACCCUUUUAGCUGAAAA